CUCUCCUCUCCCUGAGCAAGAGAUUACCAAGGGACCCUGUGGCGCGCGGUGCGAAGCUCGCAGGCAACAUUCCGGUUGUAAAGGCUGGAUCCCGCCGAGAAUAUUCAUGGAGCAUCACAGACUCGGUCACUCCAUCUCUUCUCCUGGCCUUUACACUGCUAUACCCAACGCCGCCCAUCUUGCUCCUGGCCCAUACCAGUCUUACCACUCUGCUAGCGCGCGUACCUCCAUGACCAAAGUCGACCUCGAGCCGAUUGAUAUGGAUGCUGUCGUUCCUUCAUUACAGGGGAAUGACUCAGGGGAGACACCACCAACGAACGACGACGGUGUCCUUGCUUCGUCGUCCUCAGUCCCAUCUCCCCCUCCGCCUUCUCCACCACCAAUACCCCAGAUGCCCCAAACAUGGCUCACCUUUUUGCUUGUGUCAGGCGACCGGCGCAUGAUGAAUUUCGAGCCGGAAACGACGGUGGGAAGGGUGAAGGAACUGGUUUGGAGUGCCUGGUCCAGUGACUGGCAAGAGCGCCCCCCUGCGCCAACCUAUCUGCGCAUCCUAUAUCUUGGGAAAGUUCUCCAAGACGACGACACUCUCACCAAAAUUGGAUUCCCUUCAUUUCCCCUUCCCUCGACCGACGCUGAUCAGCCCCCGCCAUCUCCCUCGUCACCCUCCCAUGCACUAAACACGCCUCAAACACCUGCCACUCUAGCUCCCACUUCGACGAUCGUCCAUCUGUCCAUCCGUUCCCACUUGACCUCGGCUAACACGGAUGGGGAGAAGCCGAAGAAGAAGAAGUCGCUACGGAGGAGAGGCGAAACCGAGGCCAGCGAGAGUACGGGCGCUGGGGCAGUCGAUGAAGCAGAGGAUGAUGGAGUGCCCCCGCGUCAAGAUGGUACUCUCAUAGAUGUGGAACGCGGGGAACUUCCUCCAGACUCGGACCAAUCGUCAUUCCACAAGACGAGCGGCGGGAAAUACACGAAGAGGAUCAAGUACUACAUCCCCGGGAUCGCAUGGAUUCCAAACUACUCUAUUUCCUAUCUCGGAGGGGAUGUCCUUGCUGGACUCACCGUCGCAUCCAUGCUCAUCCCGCAGUCCGUCAGCUAUGCCACCUCACUGGCGCAAAUGAGUCCACUUUCGGGACUGUUUUCCGCGUCGGUACCCGGUCUAGUUUACGCCUUUCUCGGGACUUGUCGGCAACUCAACGUCGCACCCGAAGCCGCACUCAGUCUGUUAGUCGGACAAGCCGUGGCCGACAUCCUCAGCGACCAUCCUAACGCCCACUCGGAGGAAGGAGAGGCGAUCAGGAUCGCAGUGGGCACGAUCAUCACCAUGCAAGUAGGACUAUUCGCCUUCUUACUCGGGUUCUUCCGGCUCGGAUUCAUCGAUGUUGUGCUGAGCAGGGCGUUAUUGCGGGGAUUCAUCAGCGCGAUUGCAGUGGUGAUCUUGACGGAACAGCUGGUGCCCAUGUUCGGACUAUCAGAACUCAUGCGACAAUACCACCCGGAAUCUACUUUCGAUAAAGCGCUGUUCCUGAUCGAGCACGUCUUCCCGAGUGCGAACGUCAGAACGACGAUUGUCAGCUUCUCGGCACUCGCUGUGCUGGUGGCGCUGAGAGCGAUCAAGGCCGUCUUCCAGAAGUACUGGUGGAUCUAUCGUGUGCCGGAAGUACUCGUGGUCGUCAUAUUGUCGACGUUCCUGUGUUCAGAGUUCCGCUGGGACGAGGAAGGCGUUGCCAUUCUUGGUGCCGUGCCCAUCACCUCGAUGGGUUCGUUCGUGCAGGUUCCGUUCCAGGCAGCCAACCUGAAAUAUCUGCGGCGGACGACAUCCACUUCAAUUCUCAUUGCAGUCGUUGGAUUCCUCGACUCGAUAGUUGCAGCCAAGCAGAACGCAUCUCGCUUUGGCUACACCAUCAGCCCCAACCGCGAACUCGUCGCUCUUGGUGCGGCCAAUUUGACUGCAUCUUUUGUGCCUGGCACCCUUCCCGCUUGGGGGUCUAUCACGCGGUCCAAGAUCAAUGGCGACGUAGGUGGCCGAACCCAGAUGGCGUCGAUAGUGUGCUGCUUGGUUGUGCUUCUGGCGACGUUCUUCCUUCUUCCGUGGCUCUAUUUCCUGCCUAAAUGUGUUCUUUCCGCCAUCAUCUGUUUAGUCGUCUUUUCGCUCUUGCGCGAAGCUCCCCAUGAAGUCCGAUACUAUGUCAAGAUGCGCGCUUGGGUUGACCUGGGACUAAUGUCCAUGACCUUUUUCGCUGCAAUCAUCUGGAACAUCGAGGUUGGCAUCUUGCUGAGUGUCGUCGCCUCGCUGUUGCUUGUCGUGCAUCGGUCGUCCAAGACUCGCAUGACCAUUCUGGGACGGAUCCCGGGAACAGAUAGGUGGAAGCCCAUCAGCGACAAUCCCGAGGCAGAGGAAGAUGUCCCUGGCGUUCUCAUCGUGAGGAUUCGAGAGAAUUUAGACUUUGCCAACACUGCUCAAUUAAAAGAGCGACUGCGAAGACUAGAAUUGUACGGAUUGGGUAAAAGCCAUCCAUCAGAGGAGCCUCGGCGACAGCAGGCCACGAUUCUUGUGUUCCAUAUGGCCGAUGUUGAGACUUGCGAUGCGUCUGCGGUUGAAAUGUUCCACGAACUUUGCUCUGAAUACAAGGCGAGUCCAAGGAAUUUAUUCCGAUCCACUUCUCAUGAUGUCUCACAGAACCGCCACGUCCGGAUCUUCAUUACGCACCUACAACCGCGGCCGCUAGCCAUGUUCUCCAAAGUCGGCAUAUUCGAUCUACUAGAUGAUGAUGCGUUGCAAGUCAAUGUUGCCGACGCCAUGUCCAGGAUCGAGGCUGGAGGCCAUUCACGAUUUGUCACUACCGUAGCAUGA